AUGACAGAACCUCGCGAGCCCACCGUAUAUGAUUACACCGUAGGUAUAAUAUGCGCAUUGGACAAAGAGCUAUUAGCAGUCCGAUACCUACUAGACUCGACGCACCCAGAAGUGACAGUGCUGCCUCGAGACACUAACACCUACACCCUUGGCACAUUGAGCAAACACGGAGUCGUUGCGACAUGCCUUCCUGCAGCCGAAUACGGUACGAAUGCCGCAGCUAGCGUUGCCUCUCAGAUGUACCUGAGCUUUCCGGCGAUACAGUUUUGCUUAUUGGUUGGCAUCGCCGGAGGGGUUCCUAGCAAAGACGAUAUCCGCCUUGGAGAUGUGGUGGUCGGCGUUCCCACUGGGACACGGUCGGGAGUAAUACAAUAUGAUAUGGGGAAAGCGACUCCGGAUGAUUGCUUCGUGGAGACAGGGUCCCUUCAAAGGCCGCCGCGCGUUCUGCUGAGCGCGAUCAAUGGCCUGAGGUCGAACCCUCACCUCGCAAUCAACCCCCUCCAGGCGUUCUUGGAAACCAUUGCGCGACAGAACCCAAAAUAUGCAUACCUGGGAAGAGUGCACGAUAUUUUGUUUCCGCCCGAUUGUAUACAUGGUCUACCCGACGCAAACUGCGACGGCCAUCUUGGCUUCCAGGUCCAACGACCUGCAAGGAGCCUUGAAUACCCGUGUAUUCACUAUGGUUUAAUUGCCUCCGGGAACAGCGUCAUUAGAGACGCAGCUCUCCGGGACCGCUUGGCAGAUCAAUACGGCUUUCUUUGCUUCGAGAUGGAAGCGGCCGGGAUACUCAACGUCUUGCCUUCACUGGUCAUUAGGGGGAUAUGCGACUACUCCGACUCACACAAGUCUAAGAUUUGGCAGGAGUAUGCCGCUGCGACAGCUGCGGCUUAUGCGAAGCUUCUUCUCACCCAGGUGCGAGUUUAUGAUGCGCAGUCUGUUGGCGGAACUAGAACAGUUGAUUUCCGGGAGGUUCACUUUCCUCCUUUAGCAGUAGAACAUACAGGUUUCGAUACAUCCCUGGGCCACGGUACAUACGUCGCUUGCGAAACGACACGCGAGCUACCGCUUUUACAAUCCAGUGGUCAAACAACGCAAACUAGAAGCGCGGAAGAUAUAUGGAGCAAAGCCCAGUCGUUUGCUGAGAGAAGCCGAGUGGUCGGAAACGACCUCUCCAAUGACCUCUCUAACGACCGCUACAAUGACCACUCCAACGACCUCUUCAGCGACUCUGAUUAUCGAACCUCAGAACUCGCGCGCAGCCCAGAGGGCCGAGACCUUCGCAUUUGA